GUUGUGAAUAGCGUCGAAGUUGCCUUACCAAUCGCUUCGAUUUCAAAGACAAAAUUUUCAAAGUUCAUAAUUUUUCUAUGAAGAAAAAAAAACAAUCAUCAACAAUAAGGCUCUCCUGCAGUAUUGUUAUUUUUCGUUCCAAAGUGUACAUAACCUCACAAUCGUUCAAGCAUUCCAUUGCACUAUGCAAAAGUUUUAUUUAAAUCGCUUUUAACUUAUAAACUUUAUGAACACUAGAUUAACGAGAUAUCAUAAUCAACACGAUGACAUCUUUGAUAGGAAAGGAAAUUGUCAAUCCUAACUGCUUUGUUUGUAACAGUAAAGUGGGUGUUACAUCAAGAACCAGUAUUAAUAUUUUUGGAAAUGAUGCUGUGACGCAUUUAAAUAGCCCUAUUAUCAAUUUAUUAUCUUCAGUUCUACAGAUUGAAAUUAAUGAAAAAAUUGUUCAUUCCUCAGUUAUGUGUAAAAAAUGCUACAAGACCAUUAAUGAGAUUGAUGAAACAGAGAAUAAACUGAAGCAGCUCAAAGAUGACAUUUUAACAUUGUUUACUAAUACAACUUCUAAAAUCAAUAAAAUAACUACAAAUGGCAAUGAGAUCAUUGAUCAAAUUGAGAAUGAUAUUGAAAAUGAUGAUAUGGAUCAUGAAACACUUACUACAAAAAACACAGAUGAGAAUAAUGGGUUAACAGAUGCUAAAAACAUUAAAAAUGACGCAUCCGGAAACAUAUUACCUGUGUCCAAAUUGCAACUUGCAUUUCAAGCAAAUGAAAUAGUUGUUGAAGAAUUUACAAAUGAAAAUACGAUUCCGCAUUUGCAAGGAGUGAGUAAUGAAGAUAAUGAAUGCAUGGACUCUCAAGAUAUUGGUACUACUGAAGAUAUUGAAAAACAUGUAAAUGAAGACAACAGUCAAAUAGAGGAAGUAAUCAUCGAAAAAACUCAGUCAAUUAAAAAAUCCAAAGUUGAUAGUGCAUUAGAGACUAUUAUGCGAGAUGGUGAUAGUUACAAAUGUUUACUAUGUUCAGAAGAAAACAGAGAAAGCCAAGAUGCAAAAAGUAUUAUGAAUCAUAUAAAAGAAUUUCAUGAUGCACGAGUGUACAUCUGCGAUUUAUGUGGUGAAUUUUUCAAAAAAAGAACAGAGUUGUCACAACACUACGAUGAUCAUGUAGAGAGAGAAGAAGGAGAUUUUCAAUGUGAAGUUUGCAAUAGAAUCUUUAGCAAUUUACGCUUAUUCCGUAUACAUAAACGUGUUCACUACCAACAAGCCAAAACUUGGUCUUGUGAGCAAUGUGGUAAAAAAUAUAAUUCCAAAAAUUUACUUGAAGAACACACAAAUACUCACACUGGUAACAGACCAUAUGUUUGUGAAGUAUGUGGUAAAGAUUUUGCAUCAAAGUAUUCUCAUCGAGCACAUGCUAAAACUCAUGAAGCCAGAGCUAGACCUCAUGAAUGUAAUCAAUGUUCAAAAACUUUCUUAAGUCAGCAAAAUCUAACUCAACAUUUAAAAACCCACAACGGUGUUAAAGAAUUUGUAUGUGAUACAUGUGGGAAAGCAUUUGGAUCUUCACACAAUUUGGAAGUUCAUAAAAUUGUCCAUACAGGAUAUAAACCUUUUAUUUGUAAUAUAUGUGGUAAAGCUUUUGCAAGAAAAGCUGAAAUUAGAGAUCAUGAACGAACUCAUACUGGUGAAAAACCUUAUCAAUGUGAAUUUUGUGGUGCCACUUUUAGUCAAAGAUCAAAUUUACAGUCUCAUAAACGAGCUACUCAUUACAACGAUAAAAGAUACAAAUGUGACGAUUGCGGAAAAGGUUUUAAAAGAAGAAGGUUAUUAGAUUAUCAUACCAAAGCUGCCCAUACUGGUGAACGUCCUUACAAAUGUGAAACUUGUUCUGCAACUUUUGUUUAUCCAGAACAUUUCAAAAAACACAUGCGUAUUCAUACAGGAGAAAAACCUUACUUAUGCGAGGUUUGUGGUAAAGCUUUCAAUAGUAGAGAUAAUCGUAAUGCACACAGAUUUAUACACAGUGAUAAAAAACCAUAUGAAUGUUUAGUAUGUGGAAUGGGAUUUAUGAGGAAGCCAUUACUUUAUUCACAUAUGCAAACACAAGGACAUUUAAAUGAUACUAUUGUUGUUAAUCAACCAAGGUUAACAUCCGAUGACAACAUCAUUCUACAAGAUAACUCUCUUCAGUUGGUUAUGGAAAGUACUGAGGAUGAAAAUUCUGGAGUAUAUGUCACGGAACUCAAUGACCACAUAAUAAUCCAAGACGGUGGUGAGCAAAAAAUAGUGAGAAUUGCAGGGGGAAGCAUCAGUGGUGCAAACAUGAAUAACGUAAUCGUCGAUAGAGAGGGAGAAGAAGAUAUGGAAUUUAACGAUGGCUUGAUUGAGUGUAAAGAAGAAGUUGAUGACAGCGAAGGAGUCUAUGAGUAUCAAGAUGAAGAUGGUAAUACUAUAGUUUUGCCUGCUGGCUCUGAUAUAAAACAAAUUAUUGAUCCUAUUGAUAAAAGUGUAAAAUAUGUUCAAAUAAGUGUUGCGGAUACGGUAACUGAUAGUAAAAACUGGAUAAAUAUUAUUCAGAGUUAAUGUACAUUGAAGUAACUGCUCAUAGUUAUUUUAUUUAAAAGUUAGAAUUAAUUUUUUUGGUCGUUACCCGGCGACAUUUUUUAUAAUAGACACUUCCAUUACACGUUAUCGUUUUUUUUUAUGUGAAAAAAGGUCAAAAUGAUGAUUCGUUUCGAUGUAAAUUUUGGUUAUUUUAAUCAUUUUAACCGGUAAUCAUGAUGAAAUCUUCUCUUUUUUUUAUUUUUCAAAACGCAAGGAAUAUAUUUGAAAUAUUGAAACAUUCUUUUUAAUAAAGACGGUGCUGUAAUAAGAAUUUAAGCAUAAUGCAUAAUGAUUACCAGCAUAAGCGGUUUCAACUCACUUCCAUGAUUGAUAAAAAAUUGUGUUAAAAAUUUUAAAUAAUUUUGUACCAACUUACAUUUGAUAAUAAAAGUACUUUUAGUGUGAAUUCA